AUGGCCACAAUCAAGCCCAUUGAGGCACGCUCAGUCCACCAAAUACAAUCUGGUCAAGUCAUUGUUGAUCUCUGCUCUGUGGUCAAGGAGCUUGUCGAGAAUAGUCUGGAUGCUGGUGCUACGUCUAUUGAGGUUCGGUUCAAGAAUAACGGUCUGGACUCGAUUGAGGUGCAGGAUAAUGGAAGCGGUAUUGCACCAAGCGACUACGAGGGCGUCGCUCUCAAGCACUAUACCUCGAAGCUCUCGACCUUUGACGAUCUGUCGUCCUUGACCACCUUCGGGUUCCGUGGCGAGGCGCUCUCGUCGCUAUGCGCCCUCUCCGACUUUCAUAUCGUCACCGCACAGGCGCACCAGGCGCCAAAGGCGAACAAGCUGGAUUUUGAGGUUUCAGGGAAGCUGAAGCAGGUCCAGGUCGUCGCCGGUCAGAAAGGCACCACGGCAUUUGUGAGAAACCUGUUCAGCAGGUUGCCCGUGCGGCGGCGGGAACUCGAAAAGAAUAUCAAACGGGAGUAUGGCAAGGUGCUGAAUCUGCUACACGCCUAUGCUUGUAUCAGCACUGGGGUGCGUUUCAGCGUCAAAAACACGGUCGGAAAGGCCAAGAAUGUCGUGGUCUUCGCCACGAAUGCGAACCAGACCACAAAGGAGAACAUUGCGAAUGUCUACGGCGCAAAGACCCUCCUGGCCUUGAUUCCUCUUGACCUCGACCUGGAAUUUGAACCCUCCGCAGAGGCCAAACGGGCGGGUCGAGAGCUGAAUAAAAUCCACGUUCGGGGACAUAUCUCGCGACCAGUGUUCGGAGAGGGAAGACAGACGCCCGAUCGGCAGAUGUUCUUCGUCAACUCGCGGCCUUGCGGUCUGCCUCAGAUAUCAAAGGCAUUCAACGAGGUUUACAAGUCGUUUAACGUCUCGCAGUCGCCGUUUGUGUUUGCCGAUUUCCAGAUGGAUACCAGUGCAUACGAUGUGAACGUAUCUCCUGAUAAGCGCACCAUUCUGCUGCACGACUCGGGACCGCUUAUAGAAUCCCUGAAAGAUGCCCUGAAUAGGCUGUUUCAGGAGGCAGAGCAGACUGUGCCUCAGUCUCAGGUUGCAGCCACCAAACAUCAGUCGGGGAUCAAGCAACAUCUACAGAAAGAGCUGCCUGAAGACGCGGUAUCGGAGGAGCAGCCAGCGACACAAGCAACAUCAGAUAUAGAUCAGGAUGAUGCCGAGGGGAGCCUCCAGGCUGAAUCCCGUCCUUCAAUGGCUGAUCUCCAUGAUAAACAGCUAGUAGGCCAUGAUAAGGGCAAUGUUCCUUUGCCGUCUAGCGGUGGUGGAACUUUGGAACAAAGCACGAGCUUGGUUUCGGAUACGGCUGCUCGUAGUGAAACAAAAUCGAGUCAAGAAAUGUCCAUUACCAUUGACGAACAUACGAAUGUCGAUGAUUCACAACAAGAAGAUCCCUCAUCUGCGAGAGCUGAGGCUAGCUCACAAGAGUCCGAAAAGGCGAUACAAUCAGCAACUGCUCCCACGCAUGAGCAGCAAAUUCCGACAUUACGAGGAACUGCCCCCAGCGAGAAACCAAAUGUAGUGCAGAAUGCUUUUGAUCGGAUACGACCGAGGAGACCGCCAGCUGAGAUUGCUACCAUCACCAUAGGUAACAAAACCGUCACUUCUGUGGUGGGCAGCGGUCCUUCCAAGAAAAGAGACCUCUCAUCCACAGGAUUUGCAGCUGGUGCACGGCAAACAAAACGUCGAAUCCACACCCCGUCCCGACCGAACAUAUUCGGUCAGAGUCUCAAAUCUUUCGCCGCGCCGGGGACGCAAACAACUGAGAUUUCGGGUGGUGAGAGUGAGAAAGACAUGGACGAUGCUGAAGAGGAUGCUGCCAGUGAAGUUUCUGAAUCUCCACAAGCAGAACAACCAACGGAGGAACCUGAAGUCUCUUCGCAUGAAGAAGAGGUAUCUGCUAAUCCGGAGGACGACGCACCGGAUCGAUUGGAGUCGGAGGCGGCUGGUGAGAUAGCCGAGGGAUCUGAUGAGGAAUAUGUCGAUGAGGCAGAGAAGAAGGCGCAGGAAGAGGCAAAGGUGCAGGAACUCAUUCGAGAAGCUGAAGAAAAGGCUGAGGUGCCAGCUGAAAACCACGUCAAUCGCGCCAAAUAUUUGACCAAAGGCCAACAUGCCCGGCGUGAUUCGACAGCCCAUCUUGUGGGAAAGAUCAACGGUUCGAUCUCCAGAAUCCAGACACAAAUGGAGACGUUACGGAGAAACCUUCAGUCAUAUGCCCACAAAGUCGCUGCAGAGCAGGACAAAGAAGGCAUAUCGUCCCAACAACAAUCCAGCGAGGAGCGGCUGUCAUUGACCGUGUCCAAGGAUGAUUUUGCCAAGAUGCGUAUUGUUGGGCAGUUCAAUCUGGGCUUCAUCCUGGCAACACGGUUGGCCGAGGACGCUGCUGAGACAGCGUCAUCUGCAUCAGCGAAAGACGAACUUUUCAUCAUCGAUCAACAUGCCUCGGAUGAAAAAUACAAUUUCGAGCGCCUCCAGGCCGAGACGGUGGUGCAGAACCAGCGUCUGGUGCGACCCAAGACACUCGACCUUACUGCGGUCGAGGAAGAAGUCAUCAUUGAGAAUCGGGCUGCACUCGAGAAGAAUGGCUUCGUUGUCGAGGUUGACGAGAGCGGCGACGAGCCCAUCGGCCGGCGAUGCAAGCUCGUCUCGCUGCCGCUCAGCAAGGAGGUCGUCUUUGAUGUCCGUGAUUUAGAAGAGCUGAUCGUGCUGCUGGCCGACUCGCCGACGGCCACCACGACCACCGAUCGAGAUGGUAGUAGCAUGUACAUCCCGCGCCCGAGCAAGGUGCGGAAGAUGUUUGCGAUGCGAGCAUGCCGGUCGAGCAUCAUGAUCGGCAAGACCCUCACCGUCAAGCAGAUGGAGAAGGUGGUUCGACACAUGGGCACGAUCGACAAGCCGUGGAAUUGUCCCCACGGGCGGCCGACGAUGCGACAUCUGAUGACGUUGGGGGAGUGGAACGAGUACGACGAGUAUAGUCGGGAUAACGUAGAUGUCGGUGAUGAUCGUGAUGUCUGGCAACGAUUUUUUGACUGGCGGGCGGAGGAAGAAGAAGAGGAGGAAGAAGAAGACGAAGGAUCAGAAAAUCAAGACUAG